AUGCUCCGCGCGACUAGCCGCAGACUGGCUGCCACCGGACUGGUUUCGACCUGCUCCUCCAGUGUCGCAACAGCCGCAGCAGCCACGCCCACAUUCAAGGCCGCCUCCGUCUUCACCCCGCAUCUCGCCGCUUCUCGACAGCAUCUCCCCUCUUCCUUCCUGCAACAACGAGGAUUCCGUACCACCACCGCCAGAAUGUCUUCCACCCGCACCGAGAGCGACGCCUUUGGCGAGAUCCAGGUCCCCGGCGACAAGUACUGGGGCGCCCAGACGGAGCGCUCCCUCGAGAACUUCCGCAUCAACCAGCCCCAGGACCGCAUGCCGCCCCCGAUCAUCAAGGCCUUUGGCAUCCUCAAGGGUGCUGCGGCCACCGUCAACAUGCGAUAUGGCCUUGAUCCCAAGAUUGGUCAGGCCAUCCAGCAGGCCGCCAAGGAGGUCGCCGAUGGCAAGCUCAUGGACCACUUCCCCCUCGUCGUCUGGCAGACCGGCUCCGGCACGCAGUCCAACAUGAACGCCAACGAGGUCAUCUCGAACCGCGCCAUCGAGAUCCUCGGCGGCACCAUGGGCAGCAAGUCGCCCGUCCACCCCAACGACCACGUCAACCGCAGCGCCUCCUCCAACGACACCUUCCCGACCGUCAUGCACAUUGCCGCCGUCCUCGACCUCGAGGGCGAGCUGCUCCCGGCCCUGCGCAGCCUGCGUGCCGCCCUCCAGGCCAAGGUCGACGUCUUCGAGGCCAAGAAGAUUAUCAAGAUUGGCCGCACCCACCUGCAGGACGCCACGCCGCUCACCCUCGCGCAGGAGUUCUCCGGCUACGUCGCCCAGCUCGACUUCGGCAUCAAGCGCGUCGAGGGCUCGCUGGCGGACCUGCGCCUGCUCGCGCAGGGCGGAACCGCCGUCGGCACCGGCAUCAACACCUUCCAGGGCUUCGCCGAGGCCAUCGCCGAGGAGGUGACCAAGAUGACGGGCACCGAGUUCAAGACGGCGCCCAACAAGUUCGAGGCCCUCGCCGCGCACGACGCCAUCGUCCAGGCCCACGGCAGCCUCAACACGCUCGCCGGGUCGCUAACCAAGAUCGCCCAGGACAUCCGCUACCUCGGUAGCGGGCCACGCUGCGGCCUCGGCGAGCUCGUCCUCCCCGAGAACGAGCCCGGCAGCAGCAUCAUGCCUGGCAAGGUCAACCCGACCCAGUGCGAGGCGCUGACCAUGGUCUGCGCCCAGGUCAUGGGCAACAACGUCGCCACCACCAUCGGUGGCAUGAACGGCCAGUUCGAGCUCAACGUCUACAAGCCCCUGGUCAUCCGCAACCUGCUGCACAGCUCCCGCAUUCUCGCCGACGGCAUGCGCUCGUUCGAGAAGAACCUGGUCGCCGGCCUGCAGGCCAACGAGGAGAAGAUUGCCAGCAUCAUGAAGGAAUCCCUCAUGCUGGUCACCUGCCUCAACCCCAAGAUUGGCUACGACAUGGCCAGCAAGGUGGCCAAGAACGCCCACAAGAAGGGCCUCACCCUCAAGGAGAGCGCCAUGGAGCUCAAGGCCCUGACCUCGGAGGAGUUUGACACUCUGGUCAAGCCCGAGCUGAUGGUCGUUCCUAGCCAGUACAAGCAGUAA